AUGGAAUCGGGAAAUAUACACUCGACGACAGAAGCGACGCCUCAAUUAAUAAAAGUGUUAGAAAGAAGCGAAAGACGGGGUGUUAGUGCAUGCGCGCGCUUUUCUCCUAUUGGUGGGAAGCGGAUUGACUAUGGUCUGCCAGUCGGUUGGCUGUUCAUUCGUAGCUCUCCAGUUAUGUGGCUGAGAGUUGUUGCACUCUUAUUAACGUUCGGCCGCUGCUCCUCGUCAGAUAAAUUGAUAGCAGCAAAAACUAACUGCGGUCCGGAACAAUUUCCUUGCGGAAACACUUCGGUAUGUUUGGAUAGACAUUACCAUUGCGACGGAGAAUUCCACUGCGAAAAUGGGGAGGACGAAAUGCAUUGUGACGAUAUUUAUGGAAGUAUGUCUUCGUUAAUGAAAGGUUUAAGACGUCGACCCAUUGACAAUUUCCUCUUCUAUCCUCAUUUUUAUAACUGUAGUAUGGAUAACUUGCCGGAUGGAUGCGGCUGCAGAGCUUUCACUUGGGUGUUUUGCAUUAGUUUAAAUCUGACUCGUGUUCCAGACACGAUGAAAUCAUCGUUGACGAAGCUAAUUUUGAUUAACAACAGCAUAACAAUCGUGGAAAGGGGGUCUUUUUCACGUUAUCCCGGAUUAAAAGUCAUACAUUUGGAAGGAAAUGGUUUACGUUACUUGCACGAAGGAGCCUUUACGGGUUUAUUCAAUCUUGUAUUUUUAUUUCUUUCGAGAAAUAAAAUCGAAAAACUCAAUGGAGGAACUUUCAAAGACCUGAAGAAACUAGAAUGGCUAUUACUAGAUGACAAUAAACUAGAAGAAUUCGAUUUUUCCAUAUUGGCCGAUACUCCUUCUCUUCAUUUAUUAGAUUUGUCUACAAAUUCUCUAACGUUGAAAAAAGUUUAUUUUCGAGCUCACCCGUAUUUGCGAUGGUUGUAA